AGAAAGGUCGUAAUGCUCACUGAGUGAGACUUGCCUGCUCUCUGCACCCUGUCCUCUCUGUUCUCCAGCAUGGUGUGUCUGUGCUUCCCUGGAGGCUCCUGGAUGGCAGCUCUGAUGGUGAUACUGAUGGUACUGAGCCCUCUCCUGGCUUGGGCCAGGAACACACCAUCACUUUUCUUGGAGCAGCAUAAGUCCGAGUGUCACUUCACCAACGGGACGCAGCGGGUGCGGUUCCUGGACAGAGACAUCUACAACGGGCAGGAGAUCGUGCGCUUCGACAGCGACGUGGGGCAGUUCCGCGCGCUGACCGAGCUGGGGCGGCCGGACGCCGAGUACUGGAACGGGCUGGAGGGCUUCCUGGAGCAGACGCGGGCCGCGGUGGACACGUUCUGCCGACGCAGCUACGAGGUGUUGGAUGGAUUCCUGGUGCACCGGCAAACUGUGCCUACAGUGACUGUGUACCCUGCAAAGACGCAGCGCCUGCAGCACCACAACCUACUGGUCUGCUCUGUGAAUGGUUUCUAUCCUGGUAACAUUGAAGUCCGGUGGCUGCGGAACAGCCAGGAAGAGGAGGCUGGGGUCGUCUCCACGGGCCUGAUCCGGAAUGGAGACUGGACCUUCCAGAUCCUGGUGAUGCUGGAAACCAUUCCCCGGAGUGGGGAGGUGUACACCUGCCAAGUGCAGCACCCGAGCCUGAUGGACCCUGUCUCUGUGGAGUGGAGAGCACAGUCUGAAUCUGCACAGAGCAAGAUGCUGAGUGGAGUCGGGGGCUUCGUUCUGGGUCUGCUGUUCCUUGGGGCAGGGCUGUUCAUCUACUUCAGGAAUCAGAAAGGACACUCUGGACUUCAGCCAACAGGGCUCCUGAGGUGAAGUAACAAUGGUGACGCUGGUGACACUCAAGGAAGAAAGAACCUUCUGUCCCCUUCUUUGCUUCUUCGCAGCAUGAAAAGGUUUCCUGUUUGGUCCUUAUUCCACAAAGAGGGUGCCUCCUCAGGAUCUGCUUUGGUCCUGGUUCGGUGACCCUGCAGAACAUGUCCUCCCUGCUGGCUUCCUCUGCCCCCGCUCCUGACCUGGAAGUCCCAGUAUCGACCAACUGCAGUGCCUUACUUAGCUUCCUUCCUUCCCUGGUCCCUCUGUAUUCAACCCUUACUGUCUCCUAUGUACCUGAAUUCACCCUCUGCCCACAUUUCUUUAUAAAAAUUUCCCCAAUUAACAUGGAGUAAAAAUC